CGAGUUUUGGGAUGCCCACAUGUAUCUGUAAAAAGAGUUGGAGAAUACCUGCUUUAGACCCUUUUGCACAGAAACAAGCUUGUGUUUUAGUCAGUUGCCUUUUGUCUACAACAAAAAUCAAAUGAAUAUGAUCCCUACUUGUUCUAUAAACGUGACAGAAUCAUCAUGUCAAUCGGCAGUGCAUUUUUGUGCACUUUUAAAUUUAAUUACUCCUUUAUUGAGGAAUAAAAGCAUAAAAGAAGUAUAUAAAAAAUCAUACUUUAAUCAAAAUGAUAUAGAGUAUGAUUUUAUAAUAGUUGGAGGAGGAACAGCCGGAUCAGUUUUGGCAAAUAGAUUGUCAGAAAUAGAAAACUGGAAUAUAUUGUUAUUAGAAGCGGGUUCUGAAGAACCAGAAAUUACUAAAAUUCCCGCAUUAGCACCUUUUUUAUGGGCUAGUAAUUUGGAUUGGAACUUUUUAUCCCAACCGGAAGAAAAUGCUUGUGGUUCAAAAGGAGGACGUUGUCACUUAUCUCUUGGCAAGGUGUUGGGUGGCUCUAGUGCCAUUAACAUGAUGAAGUACGUCAGAGGAAAUAAAUUAGACUAUGAUACAUGGGCACAUUUAGGAAACGUUGGUUGGGAAUAUCAAAAUGUGUUGGAUUAUUUUAAAAAGUCAGAAAACAACACUGACCAUAAGCUAACGAAUUCCAAGUACCACAAUAGCGGAGGUUACUUAACUCUUGAAAAUAGCCAAUAUAUGGAUGCAAGCAUUGCAUCUGUAUUCGAAGCUCUAUUAGAAAUGGGUUUUAAAAAUGUAGAUGUGAAUGGUGAAGACCAACUGGGAGUAACAAAAUUGCAAACUUCGACCAAAAAUGGAAUUCGUCAGAGCACAAAUAAGGCAUUUUUAGAACCAAUUAGAUUAAUGAGAAAAAAUUUAAAAAUCGAAACAAAUGCACAUGUUAUAAAAGUUUUAAUAGACAAAUUUAAAAAUGUCACUGGAGUUGAGUAUAAAAACAAAGAUGGAACAAUUAACAAAGUUUUUGCAAAAAAAGAAAUAAUAUUGUCAGCGGGUGUAUUUAAUUCUCCAAAAAUUCUAAUGCUUUCGGGUAUUGGAGAUAGAAAAAAUUUAGAGAAACAUAAUAUUGAAGUAAUUAACGAUUUACCAGCAGUUGGUAAAAAUUUACACGAUCACGUUAGACUCAAUGCUUUAUAUUUUUUAUUGCCAGAAAAUUUUACAACGGAAAAUAAUUUAGAAUAUAAGAAAAUUGACUUGGAUGAUUAUUUUGAUAAGCAGAAAGGACCAUUAACGUCUAUUGGUUUAAAUUCAGUGUGUGCUUUUGCUCAAACGAACUAUGAAAAUAGAUCUGGAGUACCAGAUGUAAAACUAGUUUUUUCAGGAACAUUAAUUGAACUAUUCAAUGAUUCACAUUGUAAAUCACCACUGUCAGGAACAUAUUACAAUUCGUUUAGUUUAAAUAUUGAACUUCAAGCUCCAGAAAGUAGAGGAUUUUUAAAAUUAAAUACUACAAAUCCCGUGUGGGGUGAUCCGGAAAUUACUUUAAAUUACUUUAAAAAUAAAAAAGAUAAAGAAAUUUUAAUGGAUGCUAUUAGAAUAGCUACACAAAUAAAUAGUACAAAGUCAUUUAGGGAAAAUAAAUUUAAAUUAAUUGAACGAUCCGGUUGCGAAAAAUGGGAAUUUAAUACAGAAUCUUAUUGGUCAUGUAUAAUAAAUAAAUAUUCUGAUUCUGGGUAUCAUUUUGUAGGCACUUGUAAAAUGGGUCCAGAGAUUGAUUUGGAAGCUGUUAUUGAUCCUAGAUUACGAGUAUAUGGUGUUAAAAGAUUAAGGGUAGUUGAUGCAUCUAUAAUGCCAAUUAUACCUCGAGGAAAUACUAAUGCUCCUACAAUUAUGAUAGCCGAAAAAGCUUCUGAUUUAAUUAAAGAAGAUUGGUUAAAUCAUUAGGUUUAAUUUAACAAAUUUUUAAUCCAUGACUUUUCGUUUGUAGGACAAAUUGGUUGAACUCCUUAUCUGACUAUUUUAGUAUUUUAUGUACAAGCAGAUGUAAAUGUAUAAAUGGAGAAUCAUUUUU